UUUCAACCACAGAAGUUAACCUCAAAAUGGCUGCAGUCUCUUUCUCAUUCAGCACCUCUGACACCAUGGAAUGAUCUUGGAGUUCAUUAAACAAUAAACCAGGUGUGUGACUGUCCUCUGAGUAGCAGCUGAAUCAGCAUCGCUGGAAACAGAAAUACAGUGAAUUUACAAGACAAUACGCUAGAGUUGGAUGAAUUAUAUUGCAAUCACUUCACAAUGCACUUAGGAAUCAAAAUAUUGUCCAUCUCCAGCGUUCCAUUGCUUUUUGUCUUGAAAUGGUUUUGGGAUGAUUUUACUGUCACUGUGGAUGUUAAUCCUGCAGUUGUCUUGGUUGGACAAGCUGUGACAUUGUCCUGCCAUCUCAUAGGCCAGGUCCCCACUAACAUUCAAGUGCAUUGGUACAAAUUGGAAAGGAACAAAAAUACGACAUUAUAUUUUUACAAUAGCACAGAAAAAGGGACUGAGUUGUUCCAGGCUGGGGACCGGCAGAGGAUCAAAGGACGAUAUGAGAAUGGAGAUGUUAAGGUGAAGUUCUUUCCAGAGCAAGUAGAAGAUAGUGGGCAGUAUGUAUGUGCGGCGAAGAGCGAUGGUGUCUAUCAAGAAGCUAUCACCCAGGUGAUUGUUGCAGGUUUUGGAUCUGCACCUCACCUAACUAUAGAACAUCAGCAGAAUAAUUCAACCACUCUGAGGUGUGUGUCCCAGGGGUGGCACCCACAGCCUGAAGUACGCUGGACUGACAGCACAGGACAAAACAUAACUGCUAUGGCUGAAACAAGAAUCCAGAAAGAUGUGACAGAGCUGUAUCAAAUCCACAGUACACUCAGGGUAGCAGAAACUGUUUCUGACACCAUCUCAUGCACUAUAAUAAACCCCUUGCUGAAGAGGCACCGCAAAAAAGUUAUUGCAAUUUCUGGUUUCUUUGAUGUGGAGGCAGAACAUGACGUCAUUACUGCUAUAAUUGGAGAAAAUGCCAUUCUUCCCUGCCGGCUGAUUACGAAACAUCUGCCCCCCAGCAUGGAGCUGCAAUGGAGGAAAGUUGGACCUGGGAAGGAUAAGACAAUCUAUUUCUACCUCUAUGAUGAAAGCAGCCCCCUGGUUAAUACUUAUCCCCGGGAUGACAAAUGCUCAAUGGGUUAUUUGUCUCCAAAUGGAGUGAACAGCAGAGAAUGGCUCAGGAAGAAAUAUGAAAAAAAGGCAGAAGUUUUUAAAGGAAAGGAGUUUGGGAAAGGAAAUAUUUCUCUGCAACUAAACAAUAUGCAGGUGGAAGAUGAAGGGAAAUAUGUAUGUUCUGCCACAGCCAACUCAUUUCACAGAGAGAUCAUCACUGAUGUCUUGGUUAUAGGAGGCUUGGAAAAGAGAAUAAGAGACUUGGAAAAGAGAAUCAAGGAACUCGAGGAGGAAAUGGGAGUCUUGAAAAAGAGAAUAAAGGAAUCCCAGGAGAAAAUGGGAGACUUGGAAAAGAGAAAAAACGAACUCGAGGAGGAAAUGGGAGUCUUCAAAAAGAGAAUAAGAGAUGUCAAAAAGAGAAUAAAGGAAUCCCAGGAGAAAAUGGGAGGCUUGGAAAAGAGAAUUAGAGACUUGGAAAACAGAAUAAAUGAACUCCAGAAGCAGAUAGAUGAAAUGAAGAAGGAAUUAGAAAGGAGAAGGGCUCAGAACAAUUCAGGUGCCUUAAUCUAUUUAUUGUGGUCUGUUGCUGUGACUGUCAUCCCUUCUCUUGGAAUAUGCAAAAGUGCCUGUUUAUUGCUGUUUAUUGCUGUGACCAUCAUCCUUUUUCUUGGAAUAUGGAAAAGAGACUUGGAAAAGCCAAUAAAAGAACUCCAGAAGGAAAAGGGAGACUUGGAAAAGACAAAAAAAGAACUCCAGAAGGAAAAGGGAGACUUGGAAAAGCCAAUAAAAGAACUCCAGAAGGAAAAGGGAGACUUGGAAAAGACAAUAAGAGACUUGGAAAAGAGAAUGAAGGAACCCCGGGAGCAAAUGGAAGAACUCCAGGAUGAAAAGGGAGACUUGGAGAAGAUAAUAAGAGAAAUGGAAAAGACAAUAAAUGAAAUGAAGAAGGAAUUAGAAUGGAGAAGGGCUCAGAGCAAUUCAGAUGACAUCACUCUUCAUGGAGUCACGGCCCACCCCAACCUCUCCAUUUCUGAGGAUAAGAAGAGUUUUACACAUGAAGCCCAACCUCAAAAAGUUCCAUCAGAUACAGAGAGGUUUGAUUCGACCGUCUGUGUGUUGGGCUCUGAAGGAUUCUCCUCUGGAAAGCACUACUGGGAGGUGGAGAUUGUGAGCAGCACUGACUGGGACCUGGGGGUGGCCGGAAAGUCAAUACAGAGAAAAGGAAAACUGUCCUUGUCCCCUAGAGAGGGAUUCUGGGCUCUGGGUCUGAGUGGGAGAGAUUAUUGGGCAAAAACAGACCCAUGGACCCGGGUCGUAGUGCAGAAAAAGCCCAAGAAAAUUGGAGUUUACCUUAGUUACCAAGAGGGGCAGGUGACUUUUUUCAAUGUAACUGACAUGUCUGUAUUGUUCACAUUUAAUGAUUGUUCAUUCCCAGGAGAGGUUUAUCCAUUCUUUAAAAAUUCACACAAAGAAACAACAAUGAGAAUUUGUUCAAUUAAAGAGGAAUAAAUAUAACAUGACACUGAUGCUGAUUUUAUACUGGUGUAACUGAAAUCAUGAAUGUAUUUUGAUGAAAAAAUCUGUAUUUUUACAAUGUACAUUGUCAUGCUGUCUUCAUUACAUGUUUUGCAAUAAAAUGUUUUCAUUUCCUA